GAUGGAGAUUAUAAAAAACUGAACUACGGCACUGAAAAAGACUUUUCAAAGAUAUUCGCAUUUAUUGAAACAUUUUUUUAAAUGGAAAAAAAAUGCGUACAUCAAAUCUGAAAGUGUCCCCCCGCAUCCUUUGAUUUGUCAGUGUGUGGCCCUUGGUGUCAUGUGAAGAAAUCUGUCAGCGGUGCUGAUCAAAUGCACAUUACAGUGCGGUGCACACCGGCAAACAGACAAUGGAAGAGUCAAUAACUCAUUUAUUCACCCAGACUGGUUUGGUGUGUGUAUCUUUGGAGGUGCUCCAUUCUCAUGUGACCUUCUGGCAACUUAAAUCAUAAACAAUUUUAUACAACAAUUGUAUGAAUCACACAUUAAAAUGUAAAAAAUGUAUUAUUAGAAUUUGGAUUUUUUUCACAAUAUUUUUUUCAAUAUAAUUUGUACCAAAAAAAAAUCUGCAUUCAAUAUAUCUAACUUUAUCUAACUUUUUCUCACAGUUUUUCUGUUAUUUGUCUCCCCCUGAAGCAGUGUACUCAGUGUAACUGUUGAAGCGGGAGGCUUCUACGCAAAUGUCCUCUGCAGGUUGGCCCUCCAUUGGUUGAAACCACAGUCAGAUUCUCCUGCGAAAUUAUCUGAUUGGAAAUCAGGGAGGGGAGAAAAAGAAAGAGCAACAAGUGCGAUGCCUCGACGCUGGUUUGCAUUUGGGACUUGAAGGAAAGGAUUUUUUUUUGCCACUUGCACUGUAAAGAAAAGCGACAAGGAGUUCAUUUUAUUUAUUCCAACUUCCUGCGUUAACGAGUCAACAUGCCUCGAUCCUUCCUGGUGAAAAACAAAAGAAGCGUAUCUUUUAAUGUGCAUAGAUUGUAUGAAGAUGACAAAGGCGUCUUACCCGACUCUUCAGAAAGAGCUCAGUCUGAAGGCCAGCAUUCCCAAACAGACCCCAGCCCAUUAAAAAAAGAGGAGGCAGAGCUUCAAUGCCUCUUAUCUGUGCACUCCGAGCCCACCAGACCCCCCGUGGCUCCCUCACAGCCUUACUAUCUAACAGAGCCGAAGAUGGGAGAAUUCCGUCCUUACUAUAAACCGGCAUAUUCCUGGGAGCAGGUUGCUUCUUCGUAUCAGUUGGGUUUCAACCCCACGGUGCUGCAGCACGCCACCAGUCUGUACAACACGCACGUCAGCCGCAGCCCACAGCACCAGCAGCCUCUGGACUGCAGCACACACUACUCCCCCAGCUCCAACACCUACCACUGCAUUACCUGCGACAAGGUGUUCUCAACGCCUCACGGCUUGGAGGUUCAUGUCAGGAGGUCCCACAGUGGAACGAGACCUUUUGGCUGCAACAUCUGCAGAAAAACCUUCGGCCAUGCCGUCAGUCUAGAGCAACAUAUGAACGUCCACUCUCAGGAGAAAAGUUUUGAGUGUAAGAUGUGUGGGAAGUCCUUCAAGCGCUCCUCCACGCUUUCCACGCAUCUCCUCAUCCAUUCCGACACCAGGCCUUACCCCUGUCAGUUCUGCGGCAAGAGGUUUCACCAGAAGUCUGACAUGAAGAAGCACACGUACAUUCACACCGGUGAGAAACCCCACAAGUGCCAAGUGUGUGGCAAAGCGUUCAGUCAGAGCUCCAACCUGAUCACCCAUAGUAGGAAACACACAGGCUUCAAGCCAUUUGGAUGUGACAUUUGCUCCAAAGGGUUCCAACGCAAGGUCGACUUACGCAGGCAUCACGAGAGCCAACACGGCAUGAAGUGACGCGUCUACGUGUCUGCUUUUUUUAGUUUAGUUUCUCAUGUAAGUUUAAAAAAAAAAAGAAAAGUAUCGAGUUAAUAUAUUGGAAGUUACCUGCUUUCAAGUGAGCGUGCUAUGUCUUUUUGGCUUUUUGUUGUCCAGGAAUCAAACCUAUAUAUGACUUAUUUGCCAUUGUAUUUAAAUGACAAAUAAUACGAUGUAACAUGGAUGGAUGGUCUUUAUGAGUUAUUACAUGCUGUUUAUAGAAAUGAAGAACCAACUGAAGCUGUGGUUGUUCUGUCUGUGUUCCCUGCAGGGUAAAAUACAUGCAGGCUGUUAGUCUAGUAAAAUGUCACCAUGAGUCAAUACACCUCAUCCUGGUUGUGCUUUCUUUCAGUCUGGAACAAGCUAUACACCCUCUGACAUUCAUUUAAAAUGAACUAUUUUUGCCAAAAAAAUACACAAGUUAAGUUGAGAGUCUAAAUUUUCAAUAGGUGUAAAUACUUGUCUGUGUAUAUGAUAGAUUAAUGAAU